CGAGCACGUCGCAAGGUUUGUCCCUCCCCUAGGAAGUAGUCCUUUCAUGCAGUGGGGAAAGUAUUACAAUUUGGGGAUAUGAGUAAUUUGUACAUCACUAAAUUGGAUUAGAAUGCAGAAAAUAAAAUCACUUAUGACCCGGCAGGGUCCAAAAAGUCCCCAGGAAAAUAUCCCUGAUCGCAGCCCUGAUGAGAUUUUUCGGAUUCCAAAUAAGGAGGAGCUCAGGGAGUUGAGAGACCAACCCACUGAUCCACAAGCUGAACAAGAACUAAUCAACAGCAUUGAAGAAGUGUAUUUUUCUAGUGAAACCCUUGAUAUUGUAAAAUAUGAACUAGAGAAGCUUCCACCUUUUCUGAACCUGAAGGAACUGGAAGAGUACAGAGACAAAUUAAAACAGCAGCAAGCAGCUGUAUCCAAGAAAGUAGCAGACUUGAUACUUGAAAAGCAGCCUUCAUAUGUUAAGGAACUUGAGCGAGUUACUUCAUUACAGUCAAAUCUUCAGUUAGCAGCUAUCAUAUGUACAAAUGGAAGACGGCACCUGAAUGUUGCAAAGGAGGAGUUUACUGAAGCUAGUCUAGGUUUGCUUGCAAAUCAAAGGAAGAGACAGUUGCUGGUUGGACUGCUGAAAUCUCUACGGACAAUAAAGACACUGCAAAGAACUGAUGUCCGACUAAGCGAAAUGUUGGAGGAGGAAGAUUACCCUGGAGCUAUUCAGCUGUGUUUAGAAUGCCAAAAGGCAGCCAGCACUUUCAAACACUACAGCUGUAUCAGUGAGCUGAAUUCAAAGUUGCAAGAUACUUUAGAGCAGAUUGAGGAGCAGUUAGAUGUUGCAUUGUCUAAAACUUGCAAGCACUUUGACAACGGUCACUACACUAAGGUUCAGCAAGCAUACAGAUUACUAGGAAAGACACAGACCGCAAUGGACCAGCUGCAUAUGCACUUCACGCAGGCCAUUCAUAACACAGUGUUUCAAGUAGUUCUUGGUUAUGUGGAGCUUUGUGCUGGCAAUACCGAUACAAAAUUCCAGAAGAUGCAAUACAAGGACCUGUGCACGCAUAUUACUCCAGACAGCUACAUUCCUUGUCUAUCUGAUCUUUGCAAAGCCCUCUGGGAAGUCAUGCUAAGCUACCAUCAAACCAUGCAGUGGCAUGAAGAGCAUGAUAAUGAAGAAAAUGCUCCAGCAUCUGAUGGCGCAGUUGUGGUGAACACAGAUGAGUCCAACUUUGAUCGUGGUUAUGUGAAAAAGAAGUUGGAGCAUGGUCUGUCUCGCAUUUGGCAGGAUGUUCAAUUAAAAGUCAAAACCUAUUUACUUGGAACGGAUAUGUCUAACUUCAAAUAUGAUGACUUCAUCUUUGUACUGGAUAUAAUCAGCAGGCUGAUGCAAGUUGGGGAGGAGUUCUGUGGCAGUAAAUCAGAGGUUCUGCAAGAAUCCAUCAGAAAGCAAAGCGUGAAUUAUUUCAAGAACUACCACAGGACACGUCUCGAGGAACUACGAAUGUUUUUAGAAAAUGAAACCUGGGAACUUUGUCCUGUAAAAUCCAGUUUUAGUAUUUUGCAGCUGCAUGAGUUUAAAUUUAUGGACCAGACACGUUCCCCUUCAGUGUCUCCUAGCAAGCAAUCUACUGUAGCAGCCUCAACAGUGACUUCUCUGUUUGAACAGCACCGUGAUGGAGGAAAUCCGUUUGAGAUGCAAGCAGAUUUCAAAGAGGAUGAAACAGAGGACGUGCUGGCUUCUAAUGGGUAUGAAUCUGAUGAACUGGAGAAGAGUGCUUACCAAGAGUACGACAGUGACAGCGAUGUUCCUGAAGAACUGAAAAGAGACUAUGUGGAUGAGAAAACUGGAGAAGGAGAAGGAGAGGCACCUCCAAAGAGUGUUUCUCGAGAAACUUUAAGGAGCAGGAAGAGAUCUGACUACAAUUUGAACAAAAUGAACUCACUAAUCUUAACUAACACUACUCUCAAUGUAGUACGCCUGGUUGGAAAGUAUAUGCAGAUGAUGAACAUUCUGAAGCCAAUAGCCUUUGACGUAAUACACUGUGUGUCUCAACUGUUUGACUACUACUUGUAUGCAGUUUACACAUUCUUUGGACGAAAUGAUGCGUAUGAAUCAACGGGACUUGGUCUCAUCAGUAGCAGGUUAAGAACAACCCUGAACAGAAUACAGGAGAGCCUUAUUGAUCUGGAAAACCCACCAGAAAAUUCUGGUACACAGCCAGCCGUUGAAGAGCGGAAGGAGAAGGUCCCAAGUCCACAUCUGAGCCAGUUAGUGAAUUUAACAUCCAGUGAGACAUUGUAUGGCCUUGCUGAGAGGGUAGUAGCCACAGAGUCACUCGUAUUCCUUGCUGAACAGUUUGAAUUUCUUCAGCCUCAUCUUGAUACAAUGAUGCCUGCUGCUAAGAAACCCUUUCUUCAACAGUUUUACUCACAGACUGUAUCUACAGCAAGUGAGUUGCGCAAGCCAAUUUAUUGGAUUGUAGCAGCUAAAGCGAUCGAUUACGAGCAAAUGCUGGUUAUUAUGGCUAAUGUCAAGUGGGAUGUGAAGGAAAUUAUGUCCCAACACAAUAAGUAUGUUGACGCACUUGUAAAGGAAUUUGAGCAGUUUAACAGUAGGCUGAAUGAAGUUUCCAAGAGAGUACGUAUUCCCUUGCCAGUGUCAAAUGUCCUGUGGGAACACUGCAUACGUUUGGCCAACAGAACUAUAGUAGAAGGUUUUGCGAAUGUUAAGAAAUGCAGCAACGAGGGACGUGCCUUGAUGCAGCUGGACUUCCAGCAGUUUUUAAUGAAACUAGAGAAGCUGACCGAUAUCAGGCCUAUUCCUGAUAAAGAAUUUGUGGAGACCUACAUUAAAGCCUUUUACCUGACUGAGAACGAUAUGGAACGGUGGAUCAAGGACCAUAGGGAAUAUUCAACAAAACAGCUGACCAACUUAGUGGGUGUUUGCCUGGGUUCUCACAUAAAUAAGAAGUCAAGACAGAAGCUAUUGGCCGCUAUUGAUGACAUCGAUAGACCAAAAAGAUAGUCCUGAGGAUUUUUUUUGUUUGUUUGUUUCUUUACUGUGGAUUACUGUUGUGUAAACUACCCUUACUUCUCUGAACAAAUGUUAAAUAGACUAUUCAAUUUACUGCUUGGGUAUACAGUGGAUGCUUGUGAGAGAGAAAACGGUUUUAAAGUAAAAAAAAAAAAAAAGUUUCUUAAUCACUAAAAUGGUUACUGUAAUAUAUGACCUGUUCUGCCUGUUUUUCAGCAUGUGUAUUUAAUAAAGGGUAGAUUUCA